GAAGCUCUUUGGCAAGUCGUCCCAAGUGCCUGACUACUGCAGCGGCCACCUACCAGACACCUGCACGCUCAUUGUCGUGCAGGGGGGGCGCAAGAUCAGAGAAGCGCCAGGCGCAGCUGGCCCCCCUCCCAACCUGCCCGCCCGCUCCGCUCGCCACAACAACCCUCCUCUUCCCCAGCAGCAAGCCCAGCAGCGCGCCGAGCUCGUACACCCCUCCCCACACAGCAAAGCUCCCACGUCCCAGUAUCCUCCCCAGCAGCAGGCGCAGUGGGCUCAGCCGCCGCUGCAAGCCCAGCAGCAUGCGGACCCGUCACACCCCUCCCCACACAGCCAAGCCAACGCUCCCCACUAUCCUCCCCAGCACAUGCAGCGGGCUCAGCUGCCCCUGCAAGCCCUCCCAGGGCAGCAGCAGCAGGCUCAGCUGCAGCAGCAGCUUCAGCAGCAGCUUCAGCAGGCUCAGCAGCAGCAGCAGCAGCAGCAGCUUCAGCAGCAGCUUCAGCAGGCUCAGCAGCAGCUUCAGCAGGCUCAGCAGCAGCAGCAGCAGCAGCAGCAGCUUCAGCAGGCUCAGUUUCUGCCACGGGCUGGCAGUGGUAACGGGUCGGAUGGCACUGCUGCUGCUGUUUACGCUGACGCUGGUCAUGCUGCUGCUGCGGAUGCUGGUAGGGGAGGGGGGGCAGGCGGGGCAGGGGGCUCGUCGCAGGUGUCUAGCGCUCUCAGCUCCCCCACGCAGAGCCCUCCUCUCUCCCCGCCCUCCCGCUCUGCCUAUACCAGUAUCUGUGACUCUGGUGUUGCUGCUGCUGCUGCUGCUGUCUCCCCUGCUGGUGUUGUUUCUCCCUGGGGAAUGGGAGGCGGUGUGAAUGGGUUAGGAGGGAUGGGUGGCAUGGGUGGCAUGGGUCCAAUGGGUCCCAUGGGUGGUAUGGCUGGCAUGGGUGGCAUGGGUGGCAUGGGUGGUAUGGGUGGUAUGGAUGGGAUGGCUGGCGUUGGUGGCAUGAAUGCCAUGGGUGUCAUGAGUGGUUUGAGUGGCAUGGAUGGCAUGGGCGGCGGCAUGGGCGGCGGCAUGGGCAGCAUGAACGGCAUGGGCAGCAUGGCCGGCAUGGCUGGCAUGGGCGGCAUGGGUAGCAUGGGCGGAUUUGGUGGCGGCAUGGGUGGCAUGGGUGGCAUGGGCGGAUUCCCAGCUGCUUCCUCUCUUGGUGCCCCUGCUCUCACCCAUCUUUCCUCCAGCCCCACUGAUAGCCAUAGCACAGGCACUUCCUCUCUUCCCGGAUUCUCCACAACUUCCACCACUGUGGGUACUAAUGCUGCUGCGGCAAGCGGUUUCCCGAACCAGGGACUGCUUCCCGGCUCGGGAACAGACUCGGGCAGCGGCGGCAGCGCCGGCAGCCGCGGCAACCCCAGGGCGUAUGGUGCGCUCACUGCUUCCCGCCACCACGCCUCCACCCGCAUGGGCGCCCCUAUGCCAAUCCCUGGGAGGGUUUCCCCUGCUCUUGACGCAGCAGACGCUGGGGCGGUAGUGGCCGCACAACAACAGCAGCAGCAGCAGCAACAGAGGCAGCAGAUGGCUGAGUUAAAUCUGAGGUCUGGUAGGGUUUCGUCUGGUGGCGAGGCUGACAUUGGGGCGGCAGUGGCAGCGAUGCAGCCGCAGCGGCAGCAGGGAGAGCAGCAGCAGGCGGGGCAGCAUGCGGGACAGCAUGCCGGGCAGCAGGCGGGGCUGCAGCAGGACGUUCAUGCGGUGAUGCGGCAGCAGCAGAUGGAUCAGAUGGAGAUGUUUCCAGCUGCAGCGGCGGCAGCGCACGCGCAAGCACAAAUGGGCAUGGGCAUGGGGAUGGGAAUGGGUAUGAAUCCAUUUGGCUGGCCUUACAUGAACCCAUACAUGGGCAUGGGCAUGGGUGGUGGGAUGAUGGGAGGACGGGGGAUGCCCAUGGGUCAAACGGGUAUGAUGGGUGGGAUGGGUGGAAUGGGGGGAAUGGGGGGAAUGGGUGGAAUGGGUGGGGGUUUCCCUAUGCUUGACUCUUCUACCUCUGCUUCCUCGACUUCUGCUGCCUCCUCAUCUGCUGCUGCUUCCUCUGCAGCAGCAGCAGCAGCAGCAGCUAGUGGUGGGUAUGGUAUGCCAGGCAUGGGAUUUCCCGGCAUGCCUCCUGGGUUCGGCUUCGGCGGAGCUCCCUUUGAUUUCACAGAGCUCCUAGCCGAACUGGCUCGGCUGCAAGAACAGGCUCGGGCGGCCCAGCUCGCUGCCGAACGAGCCGACCAGCAGGCUCGGGAGGCUCGGGAGGAGGCUCGGAUGGCCCUCGAGAACGCCCGAGCCGAAUCCCAGCGGCGCUUAGAAGCCGAACUGGAAAAGGAAUUAGCUAAGCGUCAGGCGGAGGAGGAGGCGAAACGGGCAGCGGCGGCGAAAGAAGAAGCGGCCGAGGCGAAAAAGGCUGCGGCAGAGGCAGCAGCAUCAGCUGCGGCAACUCUGGUGAAAGCGCAGGAGGAAUAUGCGUUAGAACGAGUGAAGAAGCAGCAGGAGUUCCGGCAGUACACUAUAGAGGAACUGGAGGCAGCUUGUAACGGAUUUAGUGAGGAGAACCUGGUGGGGGAGGGCGGGUACGGGUCGGUGUAUAAGGGCAUGCUGGAACACUUCCCUGUGGCUGUGAAGGUGCUCAAGAACGCCCAGACGAACCAGGCUCUCAAAGAGUUUAAGAAAGAGGUGGAGGUGCAGAGGGGGCUGAGGCACCCCACCAUAGUGCUGCUGAUCGGGUGCUGCCACAACCCGCCGUGCCUCGUGUACGAGUACAUGCCUCAGGGCUCGCUCUAUGACAGGCUACUGUGCGACCGCGGCUCCCCGCCCCUGCCCUGGAACGUGCGCUUUGAGAUCUUUGAGAACAUGUGCAAGGCGCUCAUUCACCUGCACAACCGCGUCCCUGCCAUAGUGCAUCUGGAUCUCAAACCCGCUAACGUGCUCCUAGACAACAAUUUCGUGGCCAAGCUAGGCGACGUGGGCCUCGCUCGUUUUCUAGUGGGGAUGGACAACGGCCGCUCCUUCAUGCAGCAGUCCAUGGCGGUCGGCACGUUCGGCUACGUGGACCCGCACUUCCUCCGCACCGGCCAGUUCUCUCGCGAGUCCGACGUGUAUUCCCUCGGCAUGGUCAUGCUCGACAUGCUGAUCGGCAUCAAUGAGACGUCGGGGGAACGGGGGAAGAGGGACAGAGAGUUGGAGGCGUUGGAGGAGUGUGAGGAGGGCGGGGAUAUGGAGGCGUUGGGGGAGUUGUUGGAUCCGUCGGCUGGGUGCUGGCCGCCACGUGUCGCGCUGCGGUUGGUGCAGCUGGUGCGGCAGAUGGCGCAUUACAAGAGGAAGGCUCGGCCGGACCUGAGCAAGCAGGUGAUGGUGGUGGUGGAGGAGCUGCGCCCCUAUGUAGAUGCUGCAGUGGCGCUGGAGAGGGCGGACCGCAUGGAUGACUACCGCGAUUUCGUUCCCAACGAGUUCCGAUGCCCCAUCACCAUGGGCAUCAUGGAGAACCCUGUACUAGCAGCAGAUGGGCACACGUACGAGAGGGAGGCCAUAGAGCAGUGGCUGAGCGUGCACCACACCUCGCCCAAGACAGGCCGCCGCCUCGACAGCAAGGCGCUCACUGACAACAUAGCCGUGCGAUCCAUGAUUGCCGAGUGGCUGGAGCACCGGCUGCAACGGAGAGAGUCGCAUAAUCUUGAAAGCCUGAUGAGUGGCGAGCAAGCGGACGGUUACCACCCGGGUGGUUACGCGGAUUCACGCGACAUGCCUCUUCACGGCGCAGGGGGGAUGCCUAUGCAAGCAGGGCAGCAAAGGUACUAUGAAGGCGGGGGUGCUGCAUCGGGGGAUUAUAUAGGCAGUGAUGGUGUAGCUAGUGGUGGAUUUGCAGGUGGUGGGGAGCUUUAUAGAGAGACAAGGAACGGAGGAGGGGUGUAUGUUGGCGGGGAUUAUAUGGAGAGGUUGAGAGGGGGGUGUAGGGUGGUGGAGGAGGGGAGUGAGUGGGACGAGGAGGAGGAAGAGGAGGGUGAGGGCGGCAUGAUGCGUCCUGUAGUGGAGGGCGCCAACCCGCUCACAUCCACGAUUCUGGCCAGCUGCGCGUACCGUACCGUAUCGCCUGCUUCACGCCCAACCACCCGCGCCUGCAGCCUCGUCACCGCCACGGAACCGCCAUCUGCACGUUUGACGAGGUGCGCGAGAUGCGCCCAUUCACGCGCCCGGAGCCUUUCCUCAUCCCUCCGAACCUCUUCGGAGCCGCCCUCCAGUAGUGGCUGCAGCAGGGCAGCGGGGCGCCAUGGAGGGGAGGACAUGGGCGCCCUCCUACCACCACACGCGCCAUAG